AUUUGUCUUGUCGUGCCGUGCACAUAUGAUAUAUCUUGCAGCUAAGCGGCUCGCCGGCUGCUUCUCCACUCGUCCUUGUUGUCGGGUCGUUGCCGUGGGAGCGGAGACCUGCGUUUUUGAUACAUAGAGCAGAGAAGUUCGGUAGUUGAGGAAUGGAGCAAAAGGAUCCCAAACCUUCAUACAGCUCUGCUUAUGGUUAUGGGAAUUCAUCAACAGGGUCUAACUCGAGAUAUGCAACUGCACCACCGGGUUUCAGCCCGUGGUAUGCCUCUUCUGCGGGUAACAAUGUGCAGCAGCCAGAAGCACAAGCAACUCUGCAGAGGAAGUAUUCCAGGAUUGGCGAUGACUACCGCUCGGUGACUCAAGUGACUGAAGCUUUGGCACAAGCCGGUCUUGAGUCUUCAAACCUUAUUGUAGGCAUUGAUUUUACGAAAAGUAAUGAAUGGACAGGAAAAGUUUCCUAUAAUCGGCAUUGCCUGCAUGAUAUUGGGAGAACUCCAAACCCGUAUGAGCAAGCCAUAUCUAUUAUUGGAAGGACACUCUCGGAUUUCGAUGAAGACAAUUUGAUUCCCUGCUUUGGAUUUGGUGAUGCGUCAACUCAUGACCAUGAGGUAUUCAGCUUUUAUCCAGAGAACCACCCUUGCACUGGAUUUGAAGAGGCGUUAGAAAGAUACAGACAAAUCGUUCCAACUCUUCGAUUAUCUGGACCAACAUCUUUCGCUCCAAUAAUCGAGACAGCAAUUGGGAUCGUGGACAACAGUGGUGGUCAAUAUCAUGUUCUCCUGAUAAUUGCUGAUGGACAGGUUACUCGAAAUGUGGAUACACAAUCUGGGCAGUUAAGUCCACAGGAGCGGGAUACCAUUAAUGCUAUAGUGAAAGCUAGCUACUUUCCCUUGUCUAUUGUUCUUGUUGGGGUCGGUGAUGGACCAUGGGAUAUGAUGCAUAAGUUUGACGACAACAUACCUGCUCGGUCAUUCGACAAUUUCCAGUUUGUGAAUUUCACGGAAAUUAUGUCAAAGAGCAUAGCAGCUGACAGAAAAGAAGCUGAAUUUGCGUUGUCAGCAUUGAUGGAAAUCCCUACGCAGUACAAGGCAACACUUGAUCUCCAACUCCUUGGUCGUCGACAAGGAAUACCUCCAAGAGUUCCUCUGCCUCCGCCAACAAGGACUGCUUAUUCACGGUCUAGUAGCUUUGGCCAACAAACAAGUGGGUUUCAGCAACCAGGCAGCUUCAAACAGCGACAGCAUGCAGCUACGAGGAGGCCUGACAGUUAUUCAUCAGAAAGUUCACAGCCUGCGGAUACAAGGGUACCCGACGCUUAUGCAUCAGAAAGUUCAGAAAGCACACGUUCAUGCGCCAUAUGUAUGGAUAAAUCAAAGGAUCUUGCGUUUGGAUGUGGACAUCAGACUUGCUAUGAUUGCGGGAAAAAAUUGGUGCGCUGCCCUAUGUGCCAGCAGCACAUAACCACCAGGAUCAGGCUGUACUGAUUAAAAGCCGACCGCCUGAUGCUUUUGAAGCUUGUGGUGUGCCAAUACGGAAGGAGCUCGGUGGAAAAUGUUCAGAAUUCCGCAUAAAUUUUACUUGUUGCCCAUAAAUUUUAGCGUCCUUAAUGUGGUUGGAGUGUCUUCAAUCAGCCGGUGAUUUAAGGCCCUGUUGGAAUGCAGCGUUUAUUCUCCAUUUCCCGCAAGGGAAAUGUGGAUUGAACCGUUUCGGUAAAAUUUCUAUGUUCCUGAAGGGCUCCUAAUUACUGCAGUGAAGAACGCUCAGUGGAAAAUAAUGUACAUAUUGCUUUCCUUUCUUUCUCUUGUAAAUAAAAUGAACAGUGGAGAAAUUUCAGGAUGUACCAAUUAGGAAGACAUUUGCAUUGUAUAUUAAUUAAAACCUGUUAUAAAUGCUGAAUAUUCAGUUUUGUAUCCAUUUUUUCAGUAUAUCUUUUAUAUGUGUAUAAUUUAAAUGGGACGAACACCAGAAUAUUCGAGGAUGAA